AGCAGCCGCAGGCCCACGCCGUAAACAGUCAACAUGGCGGCGGCGGCGGCAGCGGCACCCGGGGCCUUGGGCACCUUGCAGGCCGGCCGCGCUCGCUUGGUGGCCGCUUGCUGUGCGCGGCUUGGCCCUGGGUGGAGGCUGUCUGGCUCCUGGACGGUCCCGCGGGUCGACCCGGCGAUCUGGGCUCGGGGCUGGACACACGCGGCCGGGGGGGCGGCCUGGCGGAGGGGCUACAGCUCUGAGGUGAAGACGGAGGACGAGCUGCGGGUGCGGUAUCUGGAGGAGGAGAACCGAGGAAUUGUGGUGCUUGGAAUAAACAGAGCUUAUGCCAAAAAUUCAUUGAGUACAAAUCUUAUAAAAAUGCUGUCAAAAGCUGUGGAUGCUUUAAAAUCUGAUAAGAAAGUACGGACCAUAAUAGUCAGAAGUGAAGUCCCAGGCAUAUUCUGUGCUGGUGCUGACCUUAAGGAAAGAGUCAAAAUGAAUUCCAGUGAAGUUGGUCCUUUUGUCUCCAAAAUAAGAGCAGUGAUUAAUGAAAUCGCUAAUCUUCCAGUGCCAACCAUUGCAGCAAUAGAUGGACUCGCUUUAGGUGGUGGACUUGAACUGGCUUUAGCAUGUGAUAUAAGAGUAGCAGCUUCUUCUGCAAAAAUGGGCCUGGUUGAAACAAAGUUGGCAAUUAUUCCUGGUGGAGGGGGCACGCAGCGACUGCCGCGUGCCAUUGGGAUGUCCCUGGCCAAAGAGCUCAUCUUCUCUGCACGUGUGCUCGAUGGUCAAGCAGCCAAAGCAGUGGGCUUGAUCAGCCAUGUUCUGGAACAGAACCAGGAGGGGGACGCUGCCUAUAGAAAGGCCUUGGACCUAGCAAGAGAGUUUUUACCUCAGGGACCUGUUGCAAUGAGAGUGGCAAAAUUAGCAAUUAAUCAAGGGAUGGAGGUCGAUUUAAUAACAGGAUUAGCCAUAGAAGAAGCUUGUUAUGCUCAGACCAUUCCAACGAAAGACAGACUUGAAGGUCUUCUUGCUUUUAAAGAGAAAAGGACCCCUCGUUAUAAAGGAGAGUAGAAGAAAGAGAAAUCUUUAAAAUGCCAGUGUAAUAAAUAUACUUCUGGAAGUAUCUUUCAGAUUCACGUAUGCCUCAGCAUCUGGAAUCCCAGAGACCAAAGUGAAGAGCGAGUUAUCCACAUACUGAAUUAAGUAUCUGGAGUGGACCCCUAUGUGUACUUGUUCAAAUGUGUAUCAUCAUUUUCAUUCAGAUUUAUAAAGCUAAUAGUGUAUACUGUCAAAAACGCCAAUUCAAAAUUAGGUAUACAUUUUUAAAUACCUCCUGCAUAUGAGGCUUUCUGUUCUUAAUUUUUUUAAUGUGAAUAAUUUAUAUAUUGCACACGCUAGGAAAAAAUAUUGAUUGUAUGUCUCCUGUGCUACAGUAUGAAAAUAAAAUUAUUUCUUUGUACCAAAAAUGUGAAGUUAUACCAAAUAAAGUUUCCAAGGGAUUGUACACAUGCACCCGCACACAUACAUCUCAUACUGAAAAAGGAGCUGAUAGAAUUCUGAGUGAAAAUUAUCAAAUAUAAGUAAAAUUCGUGAAAAGAAAACGUGGAAAUUUUUCUCUUACCCCAUUCUUUUUGUAUUGAAUAAAUCAUUGCAUGUUGGAUUUUAGAAGAAACCACCUUUCCAUUGCUGAUUCUGUCAGGUGACCUCUUUACGUAGUCAGUCUUAGAAUACAGUAUGGAUGGUGGAGAAUUAAUCCAGUCAGAGACUGGGACCAAAGGCCUUGUGGAGGCCAACUGGAGGCCUGGAACUGUUGUACCUCUAAGCCCUCCUAGCAAGUGACCUGGCCCCCUGGCCUAACCCAGAAAUAAAAUGGUGCAGCCAAGGUUGGCCCUUAGAAGUGACUUGGUCCUGGAUGAAGGGUGAAGUAGAGCCUGCUUUCUGCUUCCUUCUCCCCAGCUAUUUGCAGCUGAUUUCAGUAAGGAAAGGAGGUGAACACAGCACCCCUCUCUCCCCGUUCUAACAAACAUCAUGCCCUUCUACCCCUGGCCAGAUAAGCAACUAGAAAUGGAGGAGCUCCAGGGGUGUGUGAGUUUAUAUAGGCUUGCCUGGGGGACAGAUAGGAAGUGUGUGGGAAAUAGUCAGCUGUAGAAUUCAGUGUGCAAAAGGGAGCGGAACAGUACAGCUCCCUGAAUGAAUUUGGGCUAGCUUUAUUUUGUGUUCGUUUCAUCAAACCACACUGCCUUUUGAGGCUGCAUCCAGGGCUGAGUCCAGCAGUGCUGGAGAAACCCCCCUUUUCCAGGACCCGCGCCUGUUACUUGCCAGCUCCAGGGGUCCCCCACUGUCCCCGAACACUGCAGCUGUGCUUCAUUGCAGUGAAGUCAAGUUCGACACGUGGUUGACUGCCUGUUUCAUGCAUUCCCAUGCUCCGCACCACAGCUUCCUUGCUCUUUUAAAGCAUAUAUAGACUUGGAAUUUUUUAAAUCACCGAAACUUUUGUUUUUUAAUUUGAGAAAUUGAACUCUCAAUCUCAAUUCUAAAAUCCUUGAAAGAGAUAAGCGUGGACUUAACCUCAGCUGAUGGGCACCCUGCCAGGGGGCAGGCCUGCUUACUGUGCGCGUCCUUGUACUACAGCAAGCGCUGUGCUCUUUGUCACCUUUGCUGCUGACUCUGUGCAGACUAUGAUGUUUGCUCAGCUGAUCGCCAUCAUAUGAAAGGCGCUUGUUAAAAUUUACAUUCGGCUCUGUGGUGAUUGUAUCUGGUGGUGUGUACACUUUGCUGAUAAACUUGUACCAUUCAUUUCCUGCAGGAUAAUUUGCAAAUAAAGUGCUGGUCUUAGUUUUCAUGAUCCUUCAGACGUUUCAGGACCCCUUGGCUCUGUCCGUGACAUGUGCAAAUGCCACUUCCAUUCUAACUGAGUAGGAAAUAAUUAUGUUCAUGGGGGAAAAUAUUGAGUGUGUUGAGUGACUUGUCUCUCCUAACUUGGAUUCGUAGUCUGCUGCUGAUUGAACGCCAUUUAAUUUCCUAACAAGUUCUGAUUAAGUCCCUGGAGUGAUUAAGUCAAUGUAUCUGAAAGCAAAGACAUCAUCCUGUAGUCACUUCAACGUGUCUGCGCAGCUGUCUGUAUAGAUGUUUGCCUUUCCCUUGCUUUUCUCUUCAGCAGGGCAGUCUUGCUGGAGGGUGGUCCUAACACUCCCCAUGGGUUGAAGCCCAGUGGCUGGGUGCUGGGGGGGCGUGCUCGUCCCUGAGGGAGUGCCUGCAUUAGCACGUGGGCCAGAAGCUCCUUUGGUUUUCCUCCAGGGCUUGGAGUGUUUUCAAGUCCUUACACUGAAACCACAUGAUGCAAGCUGGUAACACAGUGGAUGUAUCCAUAUGUUCAGAUGAAUUAAAGGCGACCAAGAGGGAGGAUGAUUAACCAGACACACUUACAGUUUAGGGGAAAAACGUUUCACGUUAUCUCAGAGCAGGAAACCUACUAGUCUUGAGGUAAUGUAGUGCUGGUUAAUUUAUAACUUAUCUCUGAAAGAAAAAGAGGUCUCCAAGUGACAGAGAUUCUGAGUCAAGAGAGGACUUGUAGUCACGGCCAAAAGAAGACUCAGAUUUCCUGUGAUUCAUUUUCUGUGAUUUAAAGGGUCAUUUCAACUUUGUGUUGUUUUCAAUAAAAA